AUGGACGAGCUCCGAAAUAACCUUGGCACUUACCCAGACUGGGGAUUUGUCAUAUAUCGCACUACCUACUCCGCUGAAUCAGAUACUCUAUUUCCAGACGCUAUUCGGUUUAUUGAGGGCUGUAUCAAGCAAGAAUUCUUCCAACAAACCAAAAAAUAUCCACCAAAUGAGCCUAACGCAAUCUGGGCCAAACAUAGGUCGACUAUCGUGCAAGAUCCUACGCAAUUUAACGGGGCGUCUCUCGAGGCAAUUCGCGCUCAUUUUGAGACCUGGGUGGACGCUCAGGGCAUGCAUGACGGUUGGACUAAAUGGCGAAUGUGCAUGAUUAUCGAUGAAGAAUCUCUGCAAACGCUGAAAGGUGCAUUAAUCGAGGCCGAUGGAAGCCUAGAUCAUUCCGAUAAAGAGCUUCGAUGUGUAAAGGUCCUUGAAGCAUUCCCGAUUGUGGAUCAGUAUGACGAAUUUCCGGGGUGGAUGAAAUGUUGGACAUAUACCCUCUUCGAUCUCUGGUCGAUGAUGGGAGAUGGUGAUGAGAUGAGGAUGUCAUUUUGCCGCAUUGAUGAUUUUCCUUUUGAGGGAGUGUACUGCGGAUGA